CAGAGACAGGAUCGUUAUAUUAUUCUAUUUCCCUCCCUCAGGGCUAGUACAAUGAUAAACCAAAAGCCACCGACCUUCCCAGACCUCCUCGAUGUGAUAAUCAUUGGAGCCGGACCGUGCGGGCUCGCCGUCGCCGCAAGACUGCAGGAAGAGACCCCCUCAGCCAUGUUCACCGACGAGGAACACCAGCGGUACCACUGGAUAAACAAGCACAGCGGCCGGAUGGCUCUGGUGCGAGCGCAUAAUAAGCGGAUUCGAGGCGUUAAAGCGGAAAAAUGGCACGGUGGAAAUGGGAGCGGGAAUACUAGAAGCAAGGAUACAUCCACGCAUACGCGUUCAUCUUCGUCACCGUCAUCGUCAAUAUCAACGCUUGUCCUGGAUAGCUCCGGGAACAGAUGGAUGGAGAGGUGGAAUCGACUAUUUCGCAUCCUGGAGAUCGAGCACUUACGCAGCCCUAUGUUCUUUCAUGUUGAUCCUGGUGAUCGGGAUGGGAUGCUAGCGUACACGCGAGAGACGGGGAGAGAGGAGCUGGGAAAGGAUCUCUGGGAGAUUCCGGGGUGUGUUGGGAAGGAGUUAAGCAAGCAUAAACAGAGGAAGAAGCAGAAGCAAAGACAGGCUCGGAGGGGGUUUAAAUCUGCCGAAGCAGUAAAAGAAGUCCAAAUCGACGAACGAGAUCGAAAAGACUAUUUCUCACCCUCAGCAAAGCUAUUUGCUGACUUUUGCUCCGCCAUCGCGUCCCGGUAUAGUCUGGAUCUUCCAGACCAGAUCCAUCAGUGUGAAGUCAGCGACAUUGAAUACUCUGUUCACCCAGACCUGUCACCAUCCACUUACCAUGGCAACAAUCGGGAUGACAAUGACAACAGGAUUUUCACCAUCACUACGAACGGUGGGAUAAGGUUCUACGCCCGUGCCGUCGUGCUGGCAAUUGGGCCCGGUUCUGGACCGGCGUCGGCUAACCCUAAGAAUUUUCCCUGGGAGUUAUCCAGCGAGGAGAAGAUGGGAGCUUGCCAUGCCAUGGAGAUCAAGUUGAUCCCCAGCAAGACAGUUCAGGAUAAGAUCCGGAGACACGAGGGAACGAACGUCGUAGUCGUCGGUGGUGGGUUGACGUCUGCGCAGAUUGCAGACAUUGCAGUGCGAAGAGGCGUGCGGAAGGUGUGGUUUCUCUUGAGAUCUGGUAUAAAGGUCAAGCAUUUCGACAUCGAUCUGACCUGGAUGGGAAAAUUCAAGAAUUACGAAAAAGCAGCGUUCUGGUCCGCAGACACCGAUGAAGGUGAGCCCAUACACGUUCAGGGGAAUAUGGAUAGCUCCUAAUAACCAUGACAACCCAAAAGAACGCCUUGAAAUGAUCAAGGUAGCCAGAAACGGCGGCAGCAUCACACCCACCUACCACAAAAUCCUCAAACAGCACGUCCACGACGGCAGACUCUCCAUCCAUACCCACACGACAAUAACAGAUCACAAGUAUUGCCCAGAGACACAAACCUGGCAGUUGACGACGAACCCACCGAUUCCCGACCUGCCUCCGAUUGACUAUAUCUACUUCGCAACCGGCGUCAAGACAGAUGUUACGGAACUCCCCCUGCUCCGGCGGAUGCAGGAUGAGUACCCCAUCGAGACGAAAGAAGGACUGCCGUGCCUCACGGAUGACCUGAUGUGGAGGAGUGAUGUCCCGCUGUUUCUGACGGGAAGACUGGCAGCCCUGAGACUCGGUCCGGGGGCGCCGAAUCUAGAAGGGGCAAGACUGGGCGCUGAGAGGGUAGCUUGGGGUCUUGAAGAGGUUCUCGGGGGAUCCAGAGAUGCAGAUCAUGAUGAUGACAGCAGGAUUUUGAAGUCUAGGGAGUGUUUCUGUGGACUGGGGAAUCGCUAUGCUGGGCUGAGCGAGAGUUGAGGUUAUAGGAAAUGAUUAACCCUACCUGCAGGGGAUAAAUGAACUGUAGCAUAUCCAUCCACCAACUGGCUGACCGUUCAAGGAAGUCAUCCGAAUUAAUCACUCUUUCUCGACCCGGCCUUUGCAGUCUGCUCUUCGCCGCUGCCACUUCCAUUCCCUUCAUCCGGUACAUGGC